AUGGCUUCCAUUACCGACUUGCCUCGAGAGCUCAUCGGCGCAAUCGUGGCCGAGGUCAGCACACUUCAGGAUCUCGACAACCUGAUGAGAGCCUCGCGUUACUUCCUCCAAGCCGUCCACGCGUGGCCAGCCAUCCCCCACAUAGUCCUGCGCCGCCAACUCCUCAUGGAACUCCCUUCGGGCCUCAUGGCCUGCGCGAUAGGUAUCGUUGAAGCCGGCAACUUGCCUCGCCCACGAUCGUCCAAGCAUGCCGGCAGGGCCAUGUCGAGGGUCCUCUAUCAAGUGGCCCACGACCCUGGUCACAGCUUGAACCUGGUCUCAACUCUUUGCUUCAAGUCUCUCAUCAAGAUAAGGGACAUGCACAAAACUAUCCUGAGUUUAGCAAACGCAAUGGCACAAGAUGCUUGGAAAAUGCUCCGAGAUGUGGAUGGAGUGGUUUCAGGAGACUUGGUUCUAUCGGGACGAGAGCAACAUCGAAUCACCAAAGCUAUCUACGAAACGGAACUACUUUCGACGGUUUUUGGCGACGAGAGCUGGGAAACAGCAGACUUGGACGUCUUUUACAGUGCAGACGGAGAUAUUUAUCUCGCGACUAAGAGCUCUUGGGAAAUCGAGGCCAUUGGCUGCGUCUUGGACUUCUUUGAGAAGAGACUGUUUGAGGUUGCGCUUGACGUCUUCACUCACGAUGUUGAAUUUGGCUGGUCCAGUUUUGAUUACGAUAAUACAGCAGCUCGUCUCUUGGCGAUGGAAGCGAGCUGGGACGAGCGCGCCGCCAUUUACGAGGAAGGCGGCAGAGGCUUCUUGAAAGAUGGGGACUAUAACGGCAUCGAGUGGACAGGAGAAAAGAUGAAGAAUUCACAUGGAGAGCAAGACGAAACCAGCGACGAAGAUAGCGAUGACGAUGAGUAG